AGAUUCGCAUGACCCUUGCAAUGAUGAAAGAUCUGAAAGAGCUGCACAAGCGAAUUAUUGAACAGCAAGUUAGUAAUUGACCCUAAUUUAUUUAAAUUAUAUUGAAAAAAAAACCCUUAAAUUGUACAAAUGUGCUUUUAAAAAUUAAUGCACUGCGUGUGAACUUGCUUAUGUGUUGCAUGAGCCACUGCAGUUUCUUGCAUUAAGACAUGGGCCAGUUUAAGAUUGUGAAGGCUAAUACUAUGUUAGUGCUCUUGUUGUAAACAUGGCAUAUUUCAAAUUUAAGCCUUGGUUAUAUUAAACGUUUUUACAUGUAUGUGAUCUAUGUUUUAACUGUGGCUCGUCUGAGUGCCAUUUGGCAAGUUGAAGCCAAAUCCUGCAAUCUGAUUAGCUACCAUUUAUUGCUAGAGUGAUUUUCAUAUGACCUUUAAAAAUUGUUUCAGUAAGUGUUCGUUAUUUGUUUUAUCAGCCAGUGGAUGAAAAAAUCAACUUUGGCCUUUUCAUUUCCAGCCAAAGAAAACCCUAAUAUGGAGAAGGCAUUGUUUGAUUGGCCAAUCGUGUUGUAAUAUGACCUCAAUGCAAAGUAUCGCUUGAUUUCUAGAAAGUUCUUGGGGAUUAAGUUUUUUCACCCAAACGUUCGCUUAACCAACCAAAAGCCACGUGCGUUUGUAUCCGUUUGAUAAGCCAAUCAAAUUUCUCUGUUUUGGUUCAUUUGUUGUUUCUGUUUUGUUUGUGCGUUUUCAUUUCAAGGUCAUACGAAAAUCGCUGUACCAUUUUAUCAUCAAUGUCACUGAUUAGAUAUGUGCAUUACAAACUUUCUGCAGAAUUACUGUAUUUUUCCCUAUCUACAGAGUUGGUGUAAAUCAAUGAUGAAAUAAUCCACCAUCAUUUUAUCCUUUUUAGCAUCAUGAUGCUGACUACAUUCUGAGACGACUUUACAAAGAAAACUCAUUCCUGUUUGUUGCCAUGCCAAUACCAGUAAGUACAUAUAUGUAAGUGGUGUAUUCAUACUUCUCACAUUAUUUAUGACAAGUGUGACUUCACAUGUUUGUGUGACAUGAGCCUAAUAUUUGUAACCUAUUUUUAGCUUGCAUUUGGAUCUAAGGAAGCCAUUACAAGCCAAGAAGAAGGGCAAAGUUCUGGGUUAAUUGAUGAUGUUAAUGAUGAUGUAGAGGAGAGAUUUCGAGCUCUUGAGGUACCUAACUGUUUCUCAGUCUGUUUGUUUACUCACUGCCAAUGAUACGUGAAAAUUUUUUUCAAGCCUAUCUAUACAUCACACAUACACUGUAUUAAAACUAACUACCGGUAUACAUUUAGCAAAUCAGAUAAAUAUCUUAAAAAAUGAAAUUAUUGCUGUAUGAAAUUAAUGCAAAUUUAAAAAAUUCCUGUUAAUUUCAGUCACAUUAAUUUUUGUUAAUGUUAAUUUCCGCACCAUUAAUUAAAUCAUAAGUACAUACCUUGACUCAACGCCAUGUAGUUUUCAGUACCGGAUUGGAGCAUUGUAUGCGCUGUAUGCCAUCUAUUAUACACAGCUUAAUCAACCAAAAGUUAAGGUAAUGCUUGUUUUGGAAUAAAAACUGGUACUUCAUCUAAACUGUGAUGCUUCUUGUCUGAUUUCCAUGAAACAUGUGCCAGGGUUAAAAAAAAAGCAGGCUAUAUUGUGUUAGUCACAACCAGUGCAGGUACAUUGUGGGUAAAUCUGUUCUCAGACUUUCGUCUUUUUUUUGUGUGAAUAAUAAUUAGGGCCUUGGAAACAAAAGAAAGUUUUGUGACUCAAACUAGGUCGACAGUGGCGGAUCCAGGGGAGGGGCUUGGGGGCCUGCCCCCCCCCCCCCCCUAUUUUUAGUCGAAAAUGAGGCCCGAAGGGCAGAAAGAAUUUUUUUUGAGGUCGGGUGCCCCCUUAUCUAAAGGUCUGGAUCUGCCACUGGUUGAAUACAUCUAGCUGGUUCCCAGGAAACCUGAGAAAUGUCAAUUUACCCAAAUGCACUUUAUUUAUAUUGUGGUAUGCAAUUUUCAAACUUUUUUAAAGGUUCAGUGUCUGAGUGGCUGAAGAUGAUUGAGUUUUGGCUGUUAUGAGCAGAAGCCGGGUUUAGACCAGUGGUUUUUUAGAAAUCAAGAGUCCACUGUAUAUCCUCCCUUUAAUAUUUGUUAGACAUAAAAAAUUAUAAGUAUUGUCAAGUGAGGUUGCUUUAAUAUUUAUUCUUUAAUCUAUAGAUUCGCAUGACCCUUGCAAUGAUGAAAGAUCUGAAAGAGCUGCACAAGCGGAUUAUUGAACAGCAAGUUAGUAACUGACCCUAAUUUAUUUAAAUUAUUUUGAAAAAAAAUUGUACAAAUGUUCUUUUAAAAAUUAAUGCACUGCUUUUGAACUUGCUUAUGUGUUGCAUGACCUCUGUGGUUUCUUGCAUUAACCUGAUAAGUCCCCACAUCAACAUGCGUCUUCUCCACACUGUUCAUCAUACAUUCCUUAUGAUACUGCUUGAGAGAAUAAAAAUUAUGUUCUAAUAUCACAACAUUUCAUCUUUGGUGAUCAUUUUAUUCAUUCUUAUGACCUGUAUGUUUGAUCAGGCAGUGUUAUUGUUGGGAGAAAUUGAAUGUGGGUCACUAUUAGGGCUUAAAGCGUAAAGGCAUUGGCCAGUUUAAGAUUGUGAAGGCUAAUACCACAUUAGUACUCUUGUUGUAAACAUGGCAUAUUUCAAAUUUAAGCCUUGGUUAUAUUAAACGUUUUUACAUGUAUGUGAUCUAUGUUUUAACUGUGGCUUGUCUGAGUGCCAGUUGGCAAGUUGAAGCCAAACCCUGCAAUCUGAUUAGCUACCAGUUAUUGCUAGAGUGAUUUUCAUAUGACCUUUAAAAAUGGUUUUGGUAAGUGUUCCUUAUUUGUUUUAUCAUGAUCAGCCAGUGGAUAAAAAAAUCAAAACAUGGCCUCUUCGUUUUCCCGCCAAAGAAAACCCUAAUAUGGAGAAGGCAUUGUUUGAUUAGCCAAUCGUGUUGCAGUAUGACAUCAAAGCGAAGUAUCGUUGAUUUCUAGAAAGUUCUUGGACAUGAAGUUUUAUCACACAAACGUAACCAACCAAAAGCCACAUGUGUUUGCAUUCGUUUGAUAGACCAAUCAAAUGGCUCUAUUUCUGUUCAUUUGUUGUUUCUGUUUUGUUUGUGCGUUUUCAUUUCAAGAUCAUACGAAAAUUGCUGUACCAUUCUAUAAUCAAUGUCACUGAUUAGAUAUUACAGUGAAACCUGUAUUAAACGGUCAUCAUAUAAAGCGGAUACCCUCUAUUAAGCGGACAGUAGCCAAAUUCCCAAAUUUAUUUCCCUUAUUUACUUUAAAUGAAACCUUUAUUAAGUGGACACCUCUAUUUAGCGGAUGAGGACACCUAAAAAGUACCUGAAAUGUUCAUUUCUAUGUUGCCAACCUGUAUUAAACGGACACUUAAAUUCCACCACCCAACAUGCCAGACACCGGAAAUGCGAAAGAUUGCCACCCACAAAUUUUAAUAUUUUUACUUUAAAAAAUGUGCUUUGACAAACUUAUUUGAUUAGUUUCACAGUACAGUGUUGUUUUCUAUUUCGUUUUGUUGUAUAGAGCUUGUGUCACUCAUCUGAGUUCUUCAAAUUUGAGUUGCAAUCUAUACUUAUGGUACUAUCAUGAAUUAGUCCUCUUUAGUAAAGAAAUUAAUGCAAACGUAUAUCGUCAUAGUCUCUGGGAGUGUCCUAAACAUUUCCACUGUUCAUUUGAAUGGCAUUUGACACCUCAUAUAACGUUAUCUAUCGAAACCUGUAUUAGGCAGACACCCUGUAUUAAGAGGACACUACAGCAUUCCCCAAGGGUGUCCGCUUAAUACAGGUUUCACUGUAUGUGCAUUACAAAUUUUCUGCAGAGUUACUGUAUUUUUUCCCCUGUCUAUAGAGUUGAUGUGAAUCAAUGAUGAAAUAAUUCACCAUCAUUUUAUCCUUUUUAGCAUCAUGAUGCUGACUACAUUCUGAGACGACUUUACAAAGAAAACUCAUUCCUGUUUGUCGCCAUGCCAAUACCAGUAAGUACAUAUAAAUAAGUGGUGUAAUCAUACUUCUCACAAUAUUUAUGACAAGUGUGACGUAACAUGUUUGUGUGACAUAGGCCUAAUAUUUGAAACCUAUUUUUAGCUUGCAUUUGGAUCUAAGGAAGCCAUUACAAGCCAAGAAGAAGGGCAAAGUUCUGGUUUAAUUGAUGAUGUUAAUGAUGAUGUAGAGGAGAGAUUUCGAGCUCUUGAGGUACCUAAUGUUUUCUCAGUCUGUUUGUUUACUCACUGCCAAUGAUACAUGAAAAUUUUUUUCAAGCCUAUCUAUACAUCACACAUACACUGUAUUAAAACUAACUGUGCAUUUAGCAAAUCAGAUAAAUAUCUUAAAAAAUGAAAUUAUUGCUGUAUGAAAUUAAUGCAAAUUUAAAAAAUUCCUGUUAAUUUCAGUCACAUUAAUUUUUGUUAAUGUUAAUUUCCGCACCAUUAAUUAAUUAUGCGACCUUAUAAUUAAUUUCCAUCGUUUUGGCCCCAAAUUCUUGACACACUUUUGUCAUUCUUGUCACAACCCAAGAAAGAGGAGUAGUUUAUCAGGGUGGAGAUCCCCCAGUAUCAGUAAAACUCUGAAAAACCCUCAAAGUGGCCAGAUUUCUGGCCCCCUUUAUAAUUUUAGGGAAAGUACCAUAAACAAAGUUUUCAUUUCAGUUUAUAGAUUCAACUGUUUGUUGCUAUUGUCUCAACAAGUUUUGUUUCUUUGUGAGUGUCGUGUUAAUUUCAUUCAUUUUUGAAUAUUUUUUACUGUUACCCUCUUUUUCGCGUUUUAAUUUCCUUUAUUUGAAAGUUGUUUUCCGUUAAAUUGNACUGCCAAUGAUACAUGAAAAUUUUUUUCAAGCCUAUCUAUACAUCACACAUACACUGUAUUAAAACUAACUGUGCAUUUAGCAAAUCAGAUAAAUAUCUUAAAAAAUGAAAUUAUUGCUGUAUGAAAUUAAUGCAAAUUUAAAAAAUUCCUGUUAAUUUCAGUCACAUUAAUUUUUGUUAAUGUUAAUUUCCGCACCAUUAAUUAAUUAUGCGACCUUAUAAUUAAUUUCCAUCGUUUUGGCCCCAAAUUCUUGACACACUUUUGUCAUUCUUGUCACAACCCAAGAAAGAGGAGUAGUUUAUCAGGGUGGAGAUCCCCCAGUAUCAGUAAAACUCUGAAAAACCCUCAAAGUGGCCAGAUUUCUGGCCCCCUUUAUAAUUUUAGGGAAAGUACCAUAAACAAAGUUUUCAUUUCAGUUUAUAGAUUCAACUGUUUGUUGCUAUUGUCUCAACAAGUUUUGUUUCUUUGUGAGUGUCGUGUUAAUUUCAUUCAUUUUUGAAUAUUUUUUACUGUUACCCUCUUUUUCGCGUUUUAAUUUCCUUUAUUUGAAAGUUGUUUUCCGUUAAAUUGGCAUUAGUUAAUUUAAAGUCACAUUAAUUUGAAACAACUUUACUAAUUUCAUGGAGCUUGAAUCUCCUGUAAUGAGGUAUCCACUAUUAAUGAUACUUUUCCAUGAAGAGUCGUCAUGUACGUGCCAAUAGUGUAAGCUUACUUCCUUAUUGGAUUGGAAUUUCUUAUAUAAACAGGCCAUUCAAGAACAUCCCUUGUAUUAUUUUGCAUGCAAAUACACAAACAUGGUUGUUUUGAUUCUUAACUUUUACACCCUGAAUUAAUUUUUAAAAAAGUCUUUUUUUAAGCUACAUUAUAAUUUAAUGCCAACUCUCCCAGAUUAUCCAGAAAUCUCCCAAAUACAGCACAAAUCCCCUGGUUUUCUGCACACAGGUCGUGUCAAUUCCCAUUCUUCCAAAUAAAAUUGUCUUUUGAGUCUAGUGUGGAAUUUAGCCUAAAUUUUUCCAAAAUUCAAUUUUUUUUGGAGAUUUUGAAGUUCAUAUUACAGUUUUGAGUUGCAUUUUUCCAUGUGCAUUGUAUAUUUAUUUCAUCAUUGACAUAUAUAGAUUAUUAGUACUUCAUUUAAGACUAUGUAUAAUGUUUUGACCCACACCAACAUUCUGAUUUUGAGUCAUGUGCACCAGGGGUGAGGUGGGUUGAUAUUGGAGGGGAGGGGACAGGGGGUACUGCAAAGCGGCCAGUCUUCGCAAUACCGACAGUCCCUGGAAUUUAGGUCUCUAACAGUUGGCAUUUCUGAUACUAAUGUAUAGUUUAUUAUAAAUCUCUUUCUCUAGUAUUUAGAAGAAGCCCACAAGAACUACAAAGAAUUGAAAAGUAGUUUACUAGAAUCUGGCACUAUUCCUCCUUUACGAUCAUUCAGUGCUAUCUCAGAUGAUCUUGUUACAGAUGUUGCAAGGUACAUUGUAUGAUCCAGUUGUUAAUUUUUAACUAACAAGAAAUACUUAUGGAAAGGGGCCAGUAAAAAUUUGAGGAAGAAAUUUGCCAUUUGUGUCUUUUGGUCGUCAGUUAAUUGCAGCUAUGUUUCGACCCAUUUAUCCAGAUAAGCAAUUUUCUUUUAACUUUUAGAGGGGAUAUCAAAAAAAUUUUUUAGUUUUGUGAAGUCCGUUGUCUCCUCCACCCUCAUUCAUGAAUUUAUGCCCUUUGAUAUUUUUUAACUAUGCAUGUUUUACCUUUUUGAUGUAGUGAAUUACAGAAGUUUGAUGAUUGGANGACAGUCCCUGGAAUUUAGGUCUCUAACAGUUGGCAUUUCUGAUACUAAUGUAUAGUUUAUUAUAAAUCUCUUUCUCUAGUAUUUAGAAGAAGCCCACAAGAACUACAAAGAAUUGAAAAGUAGUUUACUAGAAUCUGGCACUAUUCCUCCUUUACGAUCAUUCAGUGCUAUCUCAGAUGAUCUUGUUACAGAUGUUGCAAGGUACAUUGUAUGAUCCAGUUGUUAAUUUUUAACUAACAAGAAAUACUUAUGGAAAGGGGCCAGUAAAAAUUUGAGGAAGAAAUUUGCCAUUUGUGUCUUUUGGUCGUCAGUUAAUUGCAGCUAUGUUUCGACCCAUUUAUCCAGAUAAGCAAUUUUCUUUUAACUUUUAGAGGGGAUAUCAAAAAAAUUUUUUAGUUUUGUGAAGUCCGUUGUCUCCUCCACCCUCAUUCAUGAAUUUAUGCCCUUUGAUAUUUUUUAACUAUGCAUGUUUUACCUUUUUGAUGUAGUGAAUUACAGAAGUUUGAUGAUUGGAAAAGGACAAGGUGUCAAAAGGUAUGAGGACUUCUGUUUUCAGAACCACAAACAAUAAGCAAUUAGUAGGAUGUGAAGAAUUGUGCAGAUCAAGGAGGAUGUCAUCCACCGAGGCUGAUCAAAGGCUGAGGUAAAUAACAUCCUUCGAAAUUUGCAUAAAUCUUCACAUCAUACAAAAGCUGAAUUCAAUAAUUGUUUUUCAUUCAAAAGUUAUUAAUUAGUAACAAGCUUACAAUGUACCUCCUUGUAGACUUUUAAUUCUUCUAAACUUUGGCCAACAAUCAUGGUUUGAGGAUGUAAACAGAUGUUUUUUCUAUUGAGCAAUUUGUUUUGCAUACUGCAUUUCUUCCAUUCAGUAUUAGUUAGAAAUUCAGCUAUUUCGUCUUCAAAAAGCUAUGAAUGCCAUUUUGAUCUCUGGGCUAUUGCCCAUGAAGCCUCGUUUCCAUUCAAAUAUACCAUCGCUGAACCUGGUUUCUAUUCAAAUAAUAUUUCCUGUAUACCAUUGAAUCGAUGGUAUAUUGCUCACAUCUUCCAAAUAUGGUAAGCGCCUGUUGGUUAUGAAGAAUUUGUCAGGGUAAUAGAGCCAAUCUUGCAGAAACAGCAAAAUCUUUUGAAUGAAUAAUGAUGUCCAUUGUGUCCAUUUAAAUCUAUACUCCAAAGUAUAUUUACCUGCAAACCCUCUGAUAAAAGGCCAGGAAAACCCCCUGUGUGCGAUUGCCUGGGCAAGUAAAUUUUGAUGUUGGGCAAGUGAAAAUAGAACUUUGUGGCCCAGUGAUCAGAUGAAAUUAGCCUUGGUGGUCCUGUGAGUUUGUCUGAAAGUGUCAACUUCGUAAAUGAUAAUUUGAGUAGUAGUUGCUCUGUAACUGGCACAGCAUUUUACAUUGUAGUAUUAGUAAUCUUAUACACUUUUUUACAAUCUAUAACUUAUUACAGACACUGUCAGUACCUUAGAACUUUAGAUGAUAAGGCAUUGUGUUCCCUCACUUUGAGCAAAUAAUAAUUUAGUGGGGACAAGUGAAAACUGAAAUAUUUUAUUGGUUCCCUGGGAAAGUGGAUUUCAAAUGUUUUUUCCUGCCCUGGAUAGGCUAGCAAGGGGAACAUAGUCACACUCCAAGUUACUUGAUAUAUAAACCAGGUCACCCUGUGAUGGACAAUUUGCACCCCUUUCAAGGGGGAAGUUGUUAAACUACUAGUCACUUUGAUUCGAUAGUAUAACCUGGGAACCCUGUGAUGGAUUGUUAAGGGCACAAAUACUUUCAUUGCUUCAAAAGCUGGGAUAAGCCCUGGAUGUGUGUCUUUAUCUUUCACUUGCACGUUAUUAGUAAUUAAAUAUAAACUGAUUGUUGUCAUACCCAUUGUCUGGUAUCCACCUUUUUACAGCAUGUGUUGGAGCGAACAACGGGAACCUCAGUGUCACAAGCAAACUCUGGCAAAGCUCCAUCACUAGAUGGCCAAACAACAUCAGAAAAGGAAACAAGAACCUCCACGGAGCCACUCUCUGCUGCCAAAAAGGUAUGCUUUUGUUGUGAAUUAUUUUUGAGUGCUGUUAUAAUUAAGCCUUAACCAAAGAAAUUUAUCCAGCUAAAUAGACCUGCACAUGAGAAUAUGGUUUAUUGACUUCAAUAUACCUGCUUUGUUCUUUUCUUGACAGUUAUGAGUCAGAAAAAAGUAACUUAUUGGUUGUUGUUGAUUUUUUAAAGGGUAAUACGUCAAAAAGCUCUAGAGUAAAUGAAAUAAAGAAAAAGUCAUUCUCCACAGUUUCGAAGGUGUGUAUUACUAAGCUUAACUUAUUCAGCUGUUAACCACAAUUUAAUAAGAACAUAAUUACUGACAGUUCACUCAGGUUUCAACAACAGCAUUCUUAAGAUGGCGUCAGUAAGCUUUGCAUUCAUUGUCGAGGCAAAGUAGAAGGGUGAUUUGGAACUCUGGAGAUCCUUAUCAACUGAUAGUAUUGUUAGUGGAAACACAAAUACCAGGCGCUCAUUAGAGGAAAGAAAUGAAAAUAUUCGUUGAAAUUCUUUUUUCACUGACGUAAGAAGACGUGAUAAACUCUAACCUGUGACAUUGGACCUUCCUCAUUUGUUUGUCCAUUAAUAUUUUCAAUUUAGUAGUUUAAGGAAAUAUCGACUACUUUUAAUAGUUAGACCAUUGCCUAAAACUAAUUAUUAAUAGCUAGUUUGUAUUAUACUUGUUUUUGAAACAUGUUUUUGUGUUUUUACAGGUUUCAAAAAGCAUGAGACAUCUACAGCCAAGUAAAGAAACAACAGAAGAGGAAGGAAACAAACCAAAGAAAAAGCGUCAAAAGAAAUAGCAAGUUGUGUACAAGGCUUAUUGGACUAGACUGAGGAGUAACACGUCACGCUUAGGCUUAGGACUGGUUAGUCGAUAACAGAAAUUCCAAAUCUACACGUUGUUUUCUUCAUCAGGUCAUGUCUUGCGUCAAUCCCAUACAAAUGUCUCACAUUUCAUGGGAAUGUAACUUGGAAAUUAGUGAACUUGCUCUUUGUGGGCUGCUACUAAUAGUACAUUUUUUUGGAGACCUUGAAGUAAAGUUCAGUAUAUUUGCAACAAAGUUUUAUUAAAUAACUUUGGAGAGUAUUCAAUUUAGAAAAAUAGAACAC